AUGCCUGAUAGCCCAAAGAAAAUGUGUACCAAGCGCAAAGUUGCCGACAUUGAUCUCAAGGCCGCCAAGCCAAAGAGAAUGCGCGCUCAGCACUCGGUAGUACCUCCACCCUCAGUCAUGGCUUCUACUGUGGAUGAAUGUCAAGAAACUCAAUGUUCGGGAUGUCUAGGUGCAGGGAAGGGAGGCAGGAACGUUCAACUAGAGCGAUUAGACACUAUCUUGGAUGCUCCAGCGUGGACUAGCCAGCCCAAAGGCUCUAACUCUCUUGAUUCCAAUAUUCCUGCAAACCCUGCUGCUCCCAAACCACCCCACAAGGGUUGCAGUAGUUGUUCAAAGAAAAAAGCAGCCCCCUCCCCCAUACAAUGUUUUGGAGCAACCAAUUCUGAACACUAUGACGAUCAACGCUCCAAUUCCCAAUGCCACAAUUCCCAGAGCACGGCCAAAGACAAAGACUGUUGCUCCUCCCCUGAGCAUGGAGUCGGGGAGCAACGAGCCCACUUUUUUUUGCAAUGCAAAGAUGGUGGACAGUUUGGAUUUUCUCAGCCCAUCGUCCCCCCUGGCACGGAGCCUGACCUCCAGACGCUAAAUAACUCCUUCAUAGCUGCAGCUAAGGAGACACACGUGGCCUCCAAUGCCUCACAACAUCACUUUCCUAUCAUCACUUCUAAUCCUUCUGGCAGUUGUCUCGCUAGUGGUGGAGAUUUGUCACAACCAGUGUUCUUGAGGACAAAUUCGACUAUGGCAGCAGACACCCUCUUUUACCAGAAUUUGGACCCUACGCUCCGGCCAACCAGAUCACAAAGUACAGCAUCUGAACAUUCCAACUCUGGCGAGUGUGACGGUUCCGAGUCAUCUGACAACAAUGACAAAGAUGAGCAGAUUGGUUGGGGGGCAGUUGAAGGGCGUCAUAGCACACACCCUGGUUUUUCUGGGGAAGAGCAACCAUUCCAACCUCGGGUUGUGUCCCUUCUUCCCCCAGAUUUUGAAUUUCAAUAUUCAUGUGAUGAAGAUGGCCGAAUGGUGGAGAAAGCUUUAUCUGUUGGCACCGGCUUGAGCGAUAGUAGUGCAUCAGUGGAUGAUGGGAUCGCUCCUAAGCCGGACAAUAUCUUAAACCUUCACCACCAGAAGAAUGGCCGUCCCCAGAUGCCUAAUCCUGAACUCUUGGACCUUCUCCGAUGCGCUGAAACAAACACCAGCAAUGCAAAGGUAAACACACAGGCAGUCAAAGUUGCAGCAAAAUCCAAGGCAUCUGAAGGGCCUAAUGCUACACAAUUAGGUUGGUACGGUCCUCAUUGGAAAAGUUUCCUUGAGGAUGCCAAGGUAGAGUGUUGUGUGCAGCAAGCAUUAGACAACCCCUUCCUGAAGCUUGAGGAUCUGCUGUACACUGUCACCAAAUCUCUUUCAGCAUCUCUCGUACAAUGGCUCAAAAACAGUGGUCAGGUUGAACCUGACGUGUGGCCUGCUCACAAGUCUGACAUGUCAAGGCUGUUAUAUGAUGAUUUAGCAACAUGGUGUUCUGACAUAAAAAAGAUCGCUAUCGCCAUCACACCUUCUGUGUACAGUCUUGUCCCCCCAGCCACCAUCCCCGUUCAGGAGCACACAGCUUGGGUUCAAAAUGCUGCUAUAGAUUGGCUGGAUGAUUCCUUGUUUCUUCAUGAUGGAGUAGACGAGCUGGGGAAAACCAGGAACUUCGCUCACCCUGGGCUUCACGAGGCCACCAUACUUUUCCUCUACACCAGGUCUUAUCAUAUUGCUUUCAAUUGCGUCCUCAAUGGCCUCAUUAAGAAUGGAAACGGAAAAUCUUUCCUGAACUUCAUGGCUAAGGAGUUCAAACCUAUCUAUCUUACAAUGUUGCAACUUCUCUGUGAAGUUAUGGAGGAUCCUUAUCAUGGUCCCAGGCUGGUGCUGCAGCUUUAUGCAUGGGCCAAAGCUGGAUGGGCCAAGUCCUUGCUGCCACCUCUGCGUCCAGCUUGA